CAUAAUUCAUAAGCUCCUUCCUCCGUUCAUUCUCUCUCAUCCCAGCUUGUUCUGUGUUGCGCUGUGCUGUGCUGUGCGUUGCGUUAACAUUUCUCUUUCUCUCUCUUCCCCAGUUGCUGCUGCUGCUGCUUCUGCUAAUUGCUAUGCUUGUUUCCUUCUUCUGAAGAGAGACCCAACAACACAUUCUCUUACACAAUGCCUUCCUUGGACACUCUCGAUUGGUUUCUCUUCUCCCUCAGCAGGAUCUUUUGCACUCCAUUCGCCGUUUUCAUUCAGAUCCAGGGAUGUUUAAUUUGUUUAGCACUUGCUUUGGGUUGGGCUCUUGCUGCUUAUGUCAGGAACAGAGAGAUAAAGCAAAUGAACGAUGCUAUGAGGAAUGGCAAUAGCUUUCCUUUCCUUUAUCAUGACAUUAAUGAACUUGAGCACUCCAAUCAGGUCAAUCUUCCAAGAGUAUCAGUAGUUAUGCCUCUAAAAGGCUUUGGAGAACACAAUCUGCAUAAUUGGAGGAGUCAGAUAACAUCUCUUUAUGGUGGCCCUCUAGAAUUUCUUUUUGUGGUAGAAAGUACAGAGGAUCCUGCUUACCAUGCUGUAUCACGGCUAAUAUUAGAAUUUGAGGAUUACGUUGAUGCUAAAAUCAUUGUAGCUGGUUUGUCGACAACUUGUAGUCAAAAGAUUCACAAUCAGUUGGUUGGAGUGGAGAGAAUGCACAAAGAUACCAAGUAUGUGUUGUUUUUGGAUGAUGAUGUUAGGCUACAUCCUGGAUCAAUUGGAGCACUCACUCGUGAGAUGGAAAAGAACCCUGAUAUAUUUAUUCAAACUGGAUACCCGCUGGAUUUGCCAUCCGGAAGUCUAGGGAGUUACUGCAUAUAUGAAUACCAUAUGCCUUGUUCAAUGGGCUUUGCAACUGGUGGAAAAACAUUCUUCCUGUGGGGAGGGUGUAUGAUGAUGCAUGCUGAUGAUUUUAGGCAAGACCGUUAUGGAGUGGUAUCAGGACUUAAAGAUGGUGGAUAUUCUGAUGAUAUGACCCUUGCAGCCAUAUCUGGGGCACACAAAAGGCUCAUUACUUCUCCUCCUGUUGCUGUCUUUCCUCACCCCCUUGCAAGUGAUCUUAACUUUGGAAGAUACUGGAAUUACUUAAGGAAACAAACAUUUGUUUUGGAGUCAUACAUAUCAAAUGUUAACUGGAUGAUGAAUCGUGCAUUAUUCGGUACCCACUGCUAUUUGUCAUGGGGAUUUGUAGCACCAUAUUUUAUGGCAUUGAUUCAUGUUGCAGCAGGAUUGAGAUUUUAUGUAAACGGAUACUCGGUUGAAGAAACACCCUACACUUUCGGUGGUUUAUCAUUGGUCACCAUUCUGGCCAUUUGCACUCUUGUUGAGCUUCUUUCUAUGUGGAACUUGACAAGGAUAGAAGUUAAGCUAUGCAACAUGCUUUCUCCAGAGGCAUCACAACUAUCGCUUGCCUCCUAUAAUUGGGGUCUCGUGUUCGUUGCAAUCCUGGUUGAUAACUUUCUAUACCCUUUAUCUGCUGUUCGAUCUCACUUUUCUCAAUCUAUAAAUUGGUCUGGUAUCCGCUAUUACUUGAAGGAUGGGAAAAUUCAUAAGAUCGAAAGAACUCAAAGAAGCAAGGACAUGGAUCCAGUAUUCACAGACUUGGGUGGAAAACAUCUAUAUGGAAAGAAAGGGUUGCCAAUGAGGGGUUCAUUCCUUAGUUCUUUGUCCAGAACUUUGGCACAAUGGCAUCAACCCAAGAAAUUUGAUUGCUAGUGGAAAGGUCAUCAACUCGUGUCUAUUCUAUCUGUCUGUCUGUCUGUCUUAUUGCCUUAGUUGGGAAGCAAGGGCAUUGUAGGACGUUGGUCUUAUUUAUUGUUUGGUGCAUUGAUGAUUGGUAAUUAGGAAAUUUGAUAACUAGGAAAGGGCAAUUAUGUCUCUUGCCUCUUAUCUCAUUACCUCAUUUGGGAAAGCAUGGGUUUUAGUAGAUCAGUUUAUUCAUUGUUUGGUGCAUUCAUGAUUGAUUGAUUUUAGAGUGAUAGGAAUCUAGUUCCAUUUUUUUGUCCAACACAUUCAAAUCCAUACGAUUCUUCAGCCCAAAGCCUUCUCUGCGUGGGGUUGAUUUUGUAAUUGUAACAUUUCAGUGAUGUAAUUUAUGUAAUACAGUAUUCAAGAAUUGCCAAACUCUUUUUUAUACAGCAA